ACUCCCGUAUUUUUCUCCUCCUCCGCAUCACUUUUCCGUCCUGCCCCCUCGCCCCCUCUGCAUUCUCCACUUCUCCACCCAAAUCACAGAGAGAGAGAGAGAGAGAGAGAGAGAGAGAUGUCAUCAUCUUUCGAUACCUUCAGCAACGAUGGUGAGGGCGUCAGAGACUCGAGUCGGCCGUUCGAUGACGACGGGUACAUGGGCUACGAUCCUCGCCUCCCCUCCGAGCGCUACGAGUCCCGCAACAACUUCGUCACUGAAGAAGACGAUGCCAACGCGGCCAAGGAUCCUAUCGACGAGGUGCCAUCACCGCCCAUACCCGUCUACCACCACGAGGACGAUCCCGUGGACCUGAUGCCGGAGAGCGUGGCUGCCCCUCCGUCACCCCCGGUCUAUGGUUUCCGUGCAGAGCCCCAGCAGCAGCCCACCGAGUACUCGCCCUUCUCCGAUCCCCUUGUUCCGGAUUCAAACGGGAAUUAUGCAUACGUCAACGGAAGGAGUGCAGAUCUGGACGGAGUUUUCACAUCUGAUGGGCCGAUCCUUCCUCCUCCAACCGAGAUGCAAUCUGAGGAAGGUUUUAGAUUGCGUGAAUGGAGGCGUGAAAAUGCCCUUAGACUUGAGGAGAAGGAGAGGAGAGAGAAAGAAUUAUUGAACCAAAUUAUCUAUGAAGCUGAUGAAUAUAAAGAAGAGUUUUACCAGAAGAGGAGAGUCAACUGUGAGACAAACAAAGGUCAUAACAGAGAAAAAGAGAAGCUGUUUCUUGCAAACCAGGAGAAGUUUCAUGCCGGUGCAGAUAAGCAGUAUUGGAAGGCAAUUGCAGAGCUGAUCCCCCAUGAGGUUCCUAAUAUUGAGAAGAAAAGGGGGAAGAAGGAUGCUGAGAAAAGGUCUUCCAUUGUUGUUGUGCAGGGACCAAAGCCAGGUAAGCCUAGUGAUCUGUCAAGGAUGCGCCAAAUAUUGGUUAAGUUGAAGCACACACCACCACCUCAUAUGAAGCCACCUCCACCGGAACCUGCAAAGGAUGCUGCUAAAGAUGGUUCAAAAGAUGAUGCUAACAACACAACUCCACCUAAGGAAGCUGCUGCAGUGGCGGCAGGAGCAAAGCCUGCAAUUCCUCUCAAAGAAGCAGUAUCAGUUGCCUAAAAGGUUCAAAAUUUACUUUCUUCUCUUCAUGGUUGCGUGGAUUAUUUUGUAUUUGUAUUUGGUCCCCUAGUUGGUUUCCCCAUCAAUUACACAAAAAUGACGAGGCAGCGAUUUUUGGUAGUGAUGGACAGUUAUUAGUGCUUUGUAUUAUUAUUUUUUCUUAACUUUCUGUCGGAAUUCUGCUUUACAGAUGCAUCUUCUUUCCUUUUCCAGGGUUGAAUUUGAAUAUUUCUCUCUGUCUCCA